CCCGCUCAAUUAGAGUCCCUAAAGCGUGCCCCAAAGACCACACAAGAGUUUGUCAGCUAGACGAUGGCGCAGCUGGUGGUACAAGGAGUGAUGAAGCAAGUCCUAAAGGAAGCUCCAGCCGGGGCUAGGGCAGUGCAGAGGGGAGACAACGUGACGGUGCACUGCACCGGGCACCUCCAGUCCACCAUGAAGAAGUUCUGGAGCACACGUGAUCCAGGUCAGAGAGUUUUCUCUUUUCAAGUAGGCAUGGGAAAAGUCAUUCAAGGUUGGGACGAUGGAUGUCUGACUAUGAAGGUUGGAGAGGGGGCUCGGUUCAGUCUGAGUGCAGAGAAGGCCUAUGGUUCCAGUGGAUUCCCGGCAUGGGGAUAUCCUUUCACUGUCCCCUACUGUAUAACUAUACUGUGACCAUACAGGUUGUGGCUGUGUGGUUGUUUGCUUUUUACCCUCUGCCACAUGUUAUUGUAUGUGUGUUUUUUCUCUCUAUACAACACAAAGACAGGGUAUGGCUUACACUCUGUAGCCUUCCCUCUGGGGGGUAAGGCUAGCCUCACAUGUUGACACUAAAUCCCAUUAGGGUGAAGUUUUGACAUUAUUGGUGAGCGACAACAAGUGUAUAUAUGUAUGUUGUGACCGGUGCUGCAGCACUUCACAUAUAUACCAUACUGUUAUGUACGUUACUCCAAGUACAGGUGAAAUAUUUGCUUGCUUAAUUCGCUCACAAAAAAGUGUGUAAUGUGUUGUUUUUUUUUUUAGUAUAGCUAUUUCCUUGACUGCAGUGCACAAUUCCUCCCAAUGCACCUCUAGUGUUUGACAUCGAAAUUGUCUCCAUCUCCUGAAUGCUGCACACUGAAUGAGGACUGUGCCUAUACCCACUUGCCUAUGUACUGACACUCAUGUUUGUGCAAGUACUAGAGAAGAGGUUUAUUUUU